UUAAAAAAGAUAACAAUUUUACGCAGAAAAUUCAUAUUCAAAACUUGUUUCAAGCAAACACCGAAGGAAGAUCGUGUUUCAUGCAAAAAAAAAAAAAAAAAAACAAACACCGGAAAAACGGCACACGUUCUUGACGUGUUUUCAUGAACUGGAAAGAGAAUCAACAAACAAACUAAUUGAACGUGUAGAGAUGCUGGCAGAAGGAUAGGGAAGCUUUAACUGAAAGUUGAAUCAUUCUCCUACAUAAAACCCCCAAAUUGUUUGAAUCAAAUCUCUUUAACGCUGUUAAGCACAAUGCAGGAAUGACGCUGUUGAAUAUUCCUGUUACUUGCAUAUGAACGUUGAUUCUUUUAUUUUUCCAUCACUCUUUAUUAUUUGCAUUCGCAUGUACCUGUUGCUAGACAAAAUCUGUCCCUCUUUCCAUUGAUAAUCUUUUGGGUCUGCAGACCAUGAUGAACUCUUCUGGGUCUGCAUCCUGCUGUGCAGAUAUCAAAAUUUCUGCUGUUGUUCUUGAUUUGGAUGGGACUCUUCUGGACACAGAGAAUGCAACAAAGAGUGUUCUCAAAGAAUUUUUGGCUAAGUAUGGGAAAAAUUUGGACAAGGAAAAGGAAGAUAGGAAGAGGUUGGGGAUGACUUUACAAGCGUCAGCUGCUACCAUUGUUAAGGACUAUGACCUCCCAUUUACACCCAAUCAGUUCAUCGAUGAAAUCAUGCCUCUGUAUCGUGACAAGUGGUUGCUUGCCAGACCCCUGCCUGGUGCUAAUCGUCUCAUCAAACAUCUGCAUAAAAAUGGGGUGCCAUUUGCUCUUGCUUCAAACUCCUUAAGAGAAUAUAUAGAUGCAAAAAUCUCUCACCAAGAAGGUUGGAAUGAGUACUUUUCAACAAUUCUUGGAAGCGACCAGGUCAAAUCAGGGAAGCCGUCUCCAGAUUUAUUGAUAGAGGCUGCAAGGAGAAUGGGUGUAGACGCUCUAAAGUGCCUGGUUAUUGAAGACUCUUUGGUUGGCGUUAAAGCUGCUCAGGCUGCAAAAAUGAGGGUAGUGGCUGUUCCAUCUGGAAGUGAAGCUGAUUGUUCUUUGUUGGCAGAUAUUGUGCUUCAUUCACUUCUAGAAUUUCAGCCUGAGAUAUGGGGGCUUCCAUUGUUUGAUGAUUGGGUUGAUAAGGCAUUGCCCAUUGAACCAAUUUACUUUCGCAUUCUAUACAAAACUGGAUGUGUUACUGAAGUCACAGAUGAUGGCAAAUCAGCUCUUCCAUGCCAAGUUUCAGGACUGUACUUUGGUUGGGCUGAAUCUGGCAUGCAUAGGAUCUCAAAGGUUGUGGUUGGCAUUGGACUACUUCAUCAUUCAAGUACUGUUAAGAGGAAUAUUCAAAUACAUAUGAUUGAUGAAAAAGCCAAUGAGUUUUCAGAUCAGAAGAUGCAACUGGAGCUGGUUGGCUACAUCCGCAGACUGAAUAGCAUGGAAGUUGAAUCCAAUAAUGUGGAAAUACUUGAAGAGGACAAGUCUAUUGCAAGUUGUGGGUUGGAUCAGUCCAUAUUCAUCCACCAUUUUUCUGCUCCUUUCAACAACAAUGGCUGCUGCGUUUCUGGAGAACUCUAAUGCUUCUACACCACAUUAAUAAUAAUAAAUUUGUAGUAAUUGAGUAAUUGUAAUUAUUAAUUAAAAUUACAAACCAAACUAUACAUAUGGAUUAUAUGAUUGAUUUGCUAGUUAAAUGUGAAUCCAAUUUAAUGUUUUGAUUGGG